AUGCCUGCUCUCCGCCGCGUGGAAGCCCAAACACCACCGGCCCAAAAGCCAGUGGCCAAACAGUCAGACCGGGAAAGUGUAAAGCCCGCGACCAACAUGGCUACGGAACAGCGAUCUGGCCAAGGAGGCACUGCGGGAGGUAGCGUCUUCGUCAAGGUCCUCAGCCUAGUCGCUGGUCCUGGCGGCACCGACGAGGAUGAUGUCCAAAUCUCGGAGAUGCCCAUCAGCACCUUACAGUUUGCCUCAACACAAACCUUCAAGUUCUGCUCCGAUGACUGCGCAGCUGUGCCCGAAAACAUCUCUCUCGACGCUUAUUCUAAACUCCUGCACACAUCCGGGAGCCAGGAAGCCGCUGCCAGUCAGCUCUCUGUGCUGCUCAAACCUCCCUUCCAGCUCAAGUUUAUUCAAAUGGGAGACACCCCCAGCAAUGCACUCAAUAUGGGAGCCUUGCACUCCUCUGCGUUCAAAGGCCAGGAUCCGUCGCACAUGCCAAUGGGCCAGCUGCGGAGAUUGAUCGGCAAGAUGUACGGAAGUUCUGCUAUUCCUGCUGCUAUCAGCGGUUUUUCCUUUUGCCAGAUGGACGAAGCUGACUGGGAUGCUGUCCUGCGCAACUGUGCCCUUCUCUACGGCUGGAGGAUUGAUAAGAAGACCAACCGCAUGGUUCGAGCCAGCACACCAGCUUUCCGUCUUCGAAACAAGGCCCCUAUCCAGCCUCCAGUGGCUCCCAGAAUUGAGGAAACCCCGGAACCCACAAGCCCCCCCAAAGCAGCAAUCGAGGUAGACGACGCUUCCGAGGGCUCUGCCUCCGGGGAUACCUACGCCGACACGGAAGCCUCCGACGAGUUUGAGGAAGCCGUUCACGAUAAGACUCUGGAAGCCCAACCCAAGAUUGCCAAGCCACUCACCGCCGAAGACGUCAACGCGCCUAUUCCGGCCAAACUUGGCGCGGUUCCGUCCUACGUUGUUAACGACAGGUCGCGAAUUGAGGUCACCACCGUGAUGAGCGAGUUCCAAGAGUCUAUGGCCAAGAACCACUUCAGCAGCACCUCGGUGGAAGCGUCUGUAUCCGGUGGCUAUGCCGGUUUCUCUGUCGGUGUCACAGGUGGAGUCGCAAGCGAGUCGUCAUCUGGCCAGUCCAGUAGCAAUAAGACGUAUUCGAAACGGAUGAUUGCAAGCUACAUGUUUCCCCGUGUGUCCGUGUUCCUGAGACCAGAGGACCUGGAGCCCACGCAGGAGCUGCGUGAUGCCCUUGAGGCUGUCAGGAAAACCAAGAAUAUCAACAUGCUCAGGAAUCUCUACCAAACCUUCGGCCAUCUCUUCUGCUAUACUGCCACUCUCGGCGGUUGUCUGCAGACAACCAAGAUUGUUACGGGUAACGAACAAACCCAACAAUCCAAGGAGAAGGAAUCUUUUAAGGCUUCUGUUGGCGUCGCCGUCUCCACGCCCUUUGGAGUCGGCGGCAGCGUAAAGGCGUCUCAUGAAACGCAAGAUUCCUCCGACUCAUUCCAACGAACUUCCAACACAUCUGAAGCCAUGACCUUUGAGGCAACAGGUGGAAAUUCGAUCUUGGCAGCAAACCCACCAGCGUGGUCAAGUUCCGUGGCCGACUUCAACAACUGGCGGGUAAUCGAACAGUCGGAUCUCCACCCCAUCUCGGAGACCAUCUCUCAAAUACCGGGAUAUGGCCAGGUCCAGGCGUGGUUCUUCAGCGCGGUGCCCAAGCUGAGUCAAUACGUUGUCAUCCCCGAGUCCCGCGUGAUACACAUCCGGUUCAAGGCCAUCAGCCAUUCCGAGAGUCCUGCCUUGGAGCGUAUCACCGGUGUGAAGAACCAGACGCAGGGGUACCUCGGUCAUAUUCCCGAUAAGCCUCCCAAGCCAAUUCGCACAUCCCUCGAGCGAACCUCGGCCCCGCACGAGAUCGGCAGAAACGUCAACUUUGGUGGACCAUGGGGCGUGACUGGCGAUAUCACCGUCACUACCCGCCAGGUCAAGACCAUUGAGAACGAAGCCCUAUUCUUCCCCCACUGGAACUUCGCAAGACCCAAGGCUGCUGCAGACCGUCUGGAGGCUGGAGGUAGCCCAAGGCUACGCUGUACGCCCCUCACCCUCUCCCAAGCCGCAAAAAGGGAAGGAAAAAGAAAAGAAAAAGAAAGACUGAUCCGUCCCCCCUCCCAGCUCGGCCCCGACUGCCUAGUGUCCAUCAAAUCCUGCGCCCCCGUCAGCUCAUCCCCCCCAUCCACCUCCCCGCCCGAGCUAGGCCUCACAGUCUACCGCAACGCGCAAGGGGUCUUCCAGCCGGCCAUCACUUCCACCGACGAGCCCAGCUACUGGCGGAUCCAAGCCGUCGACACCACCACCACCCCCACCUCUUCCCCAUCCUCCAAGCGCGACCCCCACCGCCACGGCGACCUCGUCCGCCUGACGUGGUCCUUCGCCGACCAAGCCAGCGGCUUCCGCGACUUCUUCGGCGACGUCUACGGCCGGCGCAGCUACCGGCGGCCCGCCGAGCUGGGCCGCCCACGACACCCUCUGCCUCAAGGAAAUGGUGGCGUUGGGGACGCCAGCGAUUUCAUGAACGUCGUGACGGAUGCACACGGUGCCGUGGAAUCCAACAUCGACAGGGAGCACAAGCUUGCGUUGGCUCCUCCUCCGCCUCCUCCGCCGUUUAGCCAAGGUUCGCCCGAAUCUGUGGUUGCUGGUAUACUCCUCGGUCCGUUCGCGUCCCCCGUGUUGGGUGUUGUUUCGUCGGCUAUUGGCAGCAUUUUCGGUUUCUAG